AUGUCUGGCGCAGGCCCUUCUCUGCACCCCGGCGACUGGCCCUCGAGGGCUGUCCUCCAGUUUCCUCCUGAUGCCGCCCCCUCGCCCAUUCCUCCGCCGUGGACGGGCGAGGCGACAUUCGCCAACCCAUUCCCCAUCCCCGAGGACAUCUACCAGGGCGCCCUCUCCUACAAGGUGCCCCUGACGAUUGCCUCGGUCUACUUUGUCACCGUCACCUACAUCAACUGGUACAACCGCCAGCAUGGCAACAAGCCCUGGAAGAUCGCCAAAACGCGUCCCUUCUUCGCCUUUGUCAUCUUCCACAACGUCUUUCUCGCCGUCUACUCGGCCGUGACCUUUGUCGCCAUGGUCCGCUGCAUGAAGCGCUCCAUGCCCCACUACACCGAGCCCAACGCCUUUGUCGGCACCAUUGACGCCCUCUGCAAGAUCCACGGUCCGCGUGGACUUGGCGAUGCGGUUAGGUACAGCAACAACAACAACACGUGGAGCAGCCUGAACCAGAACGUGGCCCUGGGACCCGAUGGCCUCCCCGACACGCUGGACGUUGGCCGCAUCUGGAACGAGGGCCUGGCUUUCUGGGGCUGGUGGUUCUACCUCUCCAAGUUCUACGAAGUGCUCGACACGGCCAUUAUUCUCGCAAAGGGCAAGCGAAGCACCACGCUCCAAAAGUACCACCACGCCGGCGCCAUGCUUUCCAUGUGGGCCGGCAUGCGCUACAUGGCCCCGCCCAUCUGGAUGUUUGCUCUGGUCAACUCUGGCAUCCACGCCAUGAUGUACACCUACUACACCCUCUCCGCCCUCGGAAUCCGCGUCCCCAACGUCGUCAAGCGAACCCUCACCACGAUGCAAAUCACCCAGUUCCUUGUCGGCUCCGCCUUUGCUGCCAUGCACCUCUUCAUCUCCUACACUGUCCCCGUCUCGGUCGCAUACAAGGUCGUUGAGAAGGUUAUUCAGAAAUCUGCAGCUGAGGCCGUCUCGUCUUCGGUCUCUUCUGCCGUCUCCUCGGCUACUGAGUCUGCUGCCGAAGCUCUGCCCGUCGCAACCGGUGUUGCUGUCGCCUUCCUCAGGAAGCUCAUCUACCGCGCUGCUGGUGACGAGGGUCUCGCAGAGAACAUUCCAGUUCCUGGACAGUUCAUUCCCGUUCGUCAGCAACAGGAGCAAAAGGUAAUUGCUGCCGAGCCCGUCCCUCAGCGCAAUGCAGUACACGACUUCCUCCACCCCCAACAGACUGUGGAGAAGAUCUUCUACCGCACCGAGUACCAGACUGUUCCCUGUGUCGACACUUCUGGUCAGGCUUUUGCCAUCUACCUCAACCUCAUCUACCUCGCCCCCCUUACCUUCCUGUUCAUGCGCUUCUUCUUCAAGUCGUACCUCCACCGCUCAUCUCCCAACACCAAGCGCGACUUCACGCCCCGUACCAUUUCCGACGCUGCUGGUGAUGCCGGACGCAAGGUAGAGCGUGAGCUUGACUCGUUCGACAAGUCGACUGAAGACGCCAUCUCGUCGGGUGUGAACAUUGCCCGGGAUGCUGUUCGUGGAAGGAAGUCAGUCAAUGGCUACGUCAAGAAUGAGAGGCAGAGUGUGAGCCCCGCCAACCAGAAGAUCCUCGACAACAUCAGCCGCCGAGCCAGCCAGAAGCUGCAAGAACUUGAGGAUGGCCCUGAGCAAGCAAAGAAGAUUGCCAGGGAGGUUGUUCGCAAGGCCGAGGAGGCUGGCGAGAAACAUGACCAAGCCUAUGAGGACAAUGAGGACGACAUUGCCGAAAAGGUCAAGGAGGCCAUGAACAGCCGAAGCUCCAGCAGGAAGAACAAGAAGCGAAACCAAAAGGGCCAAACAGAUGACGAGGUUGCGCAGCCCGAGCAGGAGCCCGAGCCAAAAGACAUUAACAACACGCUGAACAAGGGCGAGGGCUCGUUUUAG